AUGCACAGUCGCAGUCCUGACUUUCGCCUUGUUUGCGGCAUUGACGGCUGCCUCCGAGAGUACAGAGUGUACAACUCGUUUUACUACCAUGUAAAGCGAACGCACACUCACCAUCUUUUCCAAGUACAAGCUGAAGGAGGCGAAGAGGAGUCUUCCUCCGGGAUGGCUACAGCCAGCCUUGGCCGAGCUGAGGAGGACGACGUUGCUGCGGUUAACACCGCGGAAGUACUCAACGAGGACGGUCAAAGUAAUGGUUCAGAGAGUGAAGCGCCUGCGCGUGUCAACACAUUGGGAAUCAAUCUUUCUAAACAAGCAACAGCCUUCCUUCUACAAGCAAGAGAAGCCAAUCGGCUGACACAGAGAGCUGUUAAUCAAAUGGUGACUGCGACCCAGCAAUACCAGGCAUCAUUAGUGGAGCAUCUGAGACUUCAGGUGAACCGUGUGUUUGAGCAGCAUUCAGAGGACCUUGGUUCACUGAAGACUGAGGCGAUGGCAGUAUUUGAUCAGUUUGCUGACCCCUUCAGUGAAAUUUCUACAACCCACCUACAGGACAAGAAAAUCAAAGAACUACUGCAACCUGUUGAACCAGAAGCCGUUAUGUCAAAGCAGACUACCCAUUCGAACUCCCCCCCUCCUGGAGUCGACUGGGACAGCCAGAAGGCGACGUCGUUCCCGAGCCCUCUCCGACAAGUCGCUCCUCCGUGA